UAUAUAACCAUCGUGCCCCGAUCAUGAGGGCACAGUCCUCACCGAUCCUUUGCAACAGAUCGUCGCCUCCUCUUUUCAGACUCUCGUCUCCGUCAGGAAGUUCCUCUCGCCCCGUCGACACUAUGAAGGUUCUCGCUGUUGUCCUGGCUGUUGUGGCCGCUGCCGCCGCCCUCCCCAGAGAGCGCAGGGACUCGACGCCCUUCAACUACGAGCUCCCGUCCAACGCCUCCUUGAUCGUCGGCAACAUCCAGACAGGUUUCGACUGCGGCGAUCUGCCUUACGGCUACUACGCCGACGAGGCCAAUAACUGCGCCAUCUUCCACAUCUGCCUCCCCUACGUCGACAACGACGUGUUCGUCACCCGCAUGUUCUCCUACGUCUGCGGCGAGGGCACCGUCUUCGACCAGGAGCGUCUCAUCUGCGACUUUCCCGAGACGGCUCGUCCUUGCUCGGAGUCCUCCCUGUACAGGAAGUCCAACGAGUACUUCGGCCGCACCGACGUCAACUUCUUAGAGUAGGGAUUGUAGGAUGGAAGGCUGUAAGUCAACGGGUUCAAGGGGGGGAAGAUGAAGGUAGAUCUCAACUCACCUGGAAGACAAGGAAGAACUCAACAGCAACUCGCAUCAUGGAAAGAACAGUUGGAUACCAUACCAUAGCACGGUCACUGUAUUUUUGGUACUUUAGUCUUAUUUCCACUCCGUCCAGUCAUCACGUUGCCCUCAACAUCCAGUGCACAUAACCUUUCCCGGAGCCUCUGGAGGCCAUCUAGGAACUUUUUCCUGGGGAACAUCCCAAGUACAUCAAAGAACAUGAUUUGACCCAGUCGCCAGGACCAAAAUAUGAUGACCUUUCCUCCUCCAUUUCCGCCCAAGACUUCGCUCUGCCCAAACCGAUGACGACGAAUUGUAAAUGAAUUGUUGAUAUCACGAUUAAGAUACUCGCUUGGUACUAAUCGAAUCUGUGGUGUAUAAGAUGCAUUAUCUUGUUUCAUCAGCACGUUGUAUAUGUUGUCUAUUUCUUAAUAUAAGUGAAAAAAAAAG